UUGCGAGAGAAUACCCGCUUGUGUCUGGAACUCCCGGGACUUGGUUCUUUUCGUCUACAGCGUUUUACAGCACUACUUGGGAUUUCGAGGAAGAAGACAGCAGAAUGAGGCCGCGAGCGUAUAUCGUAUUACUGGUGUGUCUUGGGUUAGCGUUAGCGAUACCCCCGUCUUCGUCUGAGGAGUCCUCGUCUUCUUCUCCUUCUUCUUCUUCUUCUUCCUCUUCUCGACCUUCCCCACCGAAGAAUUAUCCACACCCGCAAGAUCCAUCGAAGGUUUUCAUGAAGAGGGACUUCAAAGGGCCGGAAGCAGCUCCCCACGUAGACAGCUACGCCGUGCCAGUAUCAGAUAGCUACGCUGUCCCAGUGUCAGACAGCUAUGCUGCCCCUGCCGUAGACAGCUACGCCGCUCCGCCAGCAGGUGAUAACGGCUACUACUAUUAUUACCACCCAGUCGAAGAAGUUGGUUACAAGCACGGAGACAAGGAGUGUGGCAUGGGCAAGGCUCUUCUGGCGCCUCUCAUCCUGAUCGACAUCUUUGUGGGCAUCUUGGCAGCGGAGGCCAUCGGCCUAAUUCCCAAACUUGAGCUGCCCCCUAUUCAAAUUCCUGCCCUCCCUGCCCUCCCUGGCCUACCCGGAUUGGGUGACCUGUCUAACCUGGGUUUAGUUAAGCCCGAGAUCCUCGACCUGGCUAAACCUGAUUUGCUGGGCCUCAACAAACCAGACAUCCUGGGCAAAAGCGACAUCGACGAGAACUACACUUUGACUGAUUAUGUUCCUUGGGGAGCUAUCGGCAAGCUGACAACCGUCAUGUCAGAAGCCAUGGAGAAAGACGACUGUUCAGCAAGACUGGUGUGUGAGACGGGUAAAUACGCCGAGGGAUAUGAGAUGAUGCUCACAAUGAUUGAAAUGUUCGCGCCGACAGUUUACCAGAACAAGAUCAAAAUAUUCAAGGAUUCGGCUCUGAAGAGAUCGAACUGUAAGGUUUACAGAUGUGGCUACGUCGACAGAAACGAACUGUGAUUGACUCGUUGCAUUAUCAGGUUGCAGACGAUGGAAGGAUUGAAAUGUUUGUGUAUGAUUGGUGUCCUGUCAUUCAAUUCUUGACGUGGAGUUUUUCUGUAAUUUAGGAAAACACCAAAGAUCAAUAGUGGAAAGCUUUGGGUGGCAUUUCAUUGUAAACCGUACGUACGUCCUGCAGACACUGGAUUUCGUUAAAAAGGCGACGAGAUGAAUGUCAUUCAUCAACCUGAUAACCUUGUUAUUAGCUACAGACAUUAAUUCUGGAAAAAAAAUGUAAUGGCUAAGUUACACCGCAUUAUUUUCAUGUCUCAGAGGCUCAUAUAUUCCUCGGGAACAACUUCCAAAGAAGUUAUUGUUGCCAUCCAAGUUCUCAUUUCUUAUUUGCUCACUUUCCGGGUUUUAACGGAAAAAAGUCAAUUCACGACCAGGCCAAGAGUUGCAUUUCGUCAGGAAAUCAAAGCUAUGGAACCUGUAGCUGUUGAUGCGAGCUUUGUUUUUUUUUUUUUUUUUUUUUUUUUUCACUUACCUGAGCCUAAACUUAUUUAUUUGAAAAUUUAACUUAUAAUCACCCUAUUUAUUCAACGUAUUUAUUUACACAUCCUGUUUAUAGCAUUUGUUUUUCCUCAUUUCAUAAUAACUUGACGUUCAGUUGACAUUUUUGUAAAACGGUAUUUACUCAUAGAUCGAAAAUUGACUCACGACUCCUUUGUAUACGGAAAGUUGGACUGACAAUAACCUCAAUGAUCUCAGACUAUGGAUAUAUGUAUGUGUAUGUGUUUUUUUCUAGGUGGGAGGGGGACACCAUAAAAUGGCCCUUUACAUCACCAUAAUUAACUACAAAUGUAAAGAACAGAACAUACACACAAACAAGUACAUAAUUAACAAGUUACAAAUUUACCCAUCAGCUGUAAUGGCAGAGUAGUAUGAUAUCGGAUCUAAAUACAAAACAGAACCUGAAUUUGGCAGGAUAGCAGAAGAAAUUAAACUGUUAACUAUCAAUCACUGUAACCAACACUUUGCUUAUUUAAGCUAUACCCAAGUUAAAAUGAAUUCAGUACUAACUGAUGUUUAGGAUCUAAUAUUUACGAUUAUAAGAAAAAAUCACGUUUGUAUAACAAAACUAUAUAUAUAUAUAU